CAUAAUAGUUUCCUUGUUAGUAAAUGAUGGUGGCACAAGAUUUUUAUCCUCCUUCCUAAUAAACACAAUUAACAACGAAACUUAAUGAACAUAAAUAUUAUAAUUUAUGUGAAUUUUCAUUAAAAAAGGUCCAUGAUAUCACAAAAUGAACUCGAGCAUGUUCAAAACUAGACCAGACCAAGGGACGGGCAUGCUAAAAACAAGAAAGAACCGUGGGUCGAGCAUGUUGAAAACAUGCCGAGACAGGAGGACGAGCAUGUUGCGAGCAUUCCUGGAGGAUGGAACGGGCAGGUUGACAACGCGUCCGUUCCAUGACUGACGCAGGGUUUCAACAUGUUUGACCACCGGUCGAGGCAGAUUUUCAACAUGCUCGACUUGUUUUCCAGAAGAAAAAAAAAAUUGCAAACGAAAUCUUACCUUUAGUCCGAGUCCCUGCAUGUUAUGACGAUCGAGACCGACUACUUCUCUACCUCCGGCAAACUCGUCGGAAUCCGGCGAAAAUUUAUCAAUGUAGAAGAUUGUAGUUGGAUUUUGUGUUGUGUGGUUUGGUUUUAACUUUUGGUUUGAUAUUUCUGUUUUGUGUUGGAAGAAAGAGUUAAAUGGGUUGGGUUAGAUGGUUGGAGCAUUAAUUCUAGGUGGUUGAACCAUAAAAUUAAAUGAAGGGUUGUUUUGUAAAAUUGUAUGGUUUAGGGCGACGAAAUUUAAAAAUUUAGGGCGACGAAUAGUAACUCUCUUUUCCAAUAGCGAGCCAAAAUAGCAAAACACGAAUUCGUAGGUUGUGGGCUUGUGGCGGCUUGCCGGCCCCGCAACCAGGCCAAAGCAUACUGCCGGAAGUUUCUUGUUAGGAACUUGGAUUCCAGUUCAGAAAUGGGUUCAAUCAGUCCACUCUGGUGUAGGUGCCACCCUCAAUUGCAGAUUCCCAGUUUGAUGUCCUUCAACCCGAGCUUCUGCACUUCACUGACGUCGCCGGCGGUGAGCACAAACCCACAUCGCAACUCCUACGGUACCUCGCGAAAUUCAUCAAUAAUCAAGCUUUCCCUGAUUCCUGGCGUACCCGCUUCCAGUUUCCCCGAAACGAAGCGUUUGUCGACAGCAUCCUUGCCUAGGAAAUGUCUAGUUUUCCUCGUUGGUGCAUUUGUUUUCGUGGGUUCUUUGGGGGUUUCUUCUCCACGAAUUAGUUUAGCUCUACCUGCUGAAGUGGCUGAUUCCGAUGACGUUACAGAAGAGGAGGCGAAUGGUACUCAAAUGGAGGUGAAUGAGGGCGUGGAGAUGCACGAGAAGCUUGUGGAGACGGAUCCGAGGAAUGUGGCUGCCUUAAAGGCGAUUGUGUAUGGGAAGAUGAGAAGAGGCAAGAAUAAGGAGGCUGCGCAGUAUGUUAAACGAUUGAUCGACAUUGAGCCGGAUGAAGUGGAGUGGAGGCUCUUGGAGGCACUUUGUUUUGAAAUGAUGGGGCAAUUGUGCAAGGCUAAGAGGUUGUUUAAGGAAAUACUUGAGGAGAGACCUCUUUUGCUUAGAGCUUUGCACGGUCUGGCGAUGGUGAUGCAUAAAAACCAUGAAGGUCUGGCCAUCUUUGGCAUGCUGAAUAAGGCUCUAGAAGUUUCCCGUCAGGAGAAAAGAGUGACCGAGGAGAGGAACAUUAGAAUUUUGAUUGCGCAAAUGCAUGUUGUAAUGGGGAAUCUGGAAGAGGGUUUAACUAAAUUCCAAGACCUGAUCAAUGAGAAUCCUCGAGAUUUUCGGCCUUAUCUUUGCCAGGGAAUCAUAUACAGCCUGCUGGAGAGGAAAACUGAAGCUGCGGAGCAAUUUGAGACAUACCGUAGCCUUGUACCUGAAGAAUUUCCGCAGAGGAGGUUUCUGGAUGAUGUCGUACUGGCGUCAAAAACCAAUUCCAGGGAAUGGCUACAGAAGGAAUUCGGAACUCAAUUCUCGAGGAACAGGAAAUAGAUAGACCACCCCAGUGGAGCUCAAUUUUAUUGCAGAAAGCAGAAUAAAGGUGCAGUGAAACUGCUCUCUGCCUUCCAAGAGCAAGGAUGCUUCAUUCAUCCUGUCUUGAUUUGCUGGAUGGAAAGUUGAGUGAAUUCUGCAGAGAACUCAGUUUGCUUUUUGACAUUUGGUCUGUUUGUUACAAAUUAGACGCAAAUUGGGAUAUAAAAUUACUAUGGGGAUUGUAGUAAUGUUGUAGACUUGCAGUGUUUUGGAGAUCCACAAAUGAAAUAUAUACUUGUGGAACUCCAUUGGAUGUUACAGAUUGUAUAACAAUUCCUCUUUUUCAUGUAUAGCAUGGAAUAAAUUUAUUUCAUGGGUUAUUACCUCUCAUUGAAGUGUGUUGAUGUUAAGAAUUUCAUCUGUUCUGCAAUUGUGUGUCUAAAUAAGGAACAAUGUUGAAUGUUGCACUAAGAUCAAGGUUGUCAACCCGCUGGUCGACCCACUUUGACCCUGGCCCGGUGAGAAAAACAAGUUGCACGCACCCGUCGGGUCGACCACUACAAGGUACAGGGUUGGAGGUCAAAUUGUGUCAAUUUUUUCUUUGGUUUGCGAAAUGCGCCUAUUUUCCGAUUUUUCUUUUCGCCUAACUCAACCUUUGGAAUCCUAAUUUGAAUAUUGAUGUUAUAUAAGUGUGUGUGAAUUUUCACUAUAUGUUGGAUCUAAGUACGACAUGUUAUUUUGGUGUAAUAUUAUAUGUUAUAACUCAUAUGUUAGAUGAAAUUCGAUGUAAUUUAUCAGGAUAAGUACAAUAUAAUGACUAUUUCCAUAUUUCCGAGCUAAACCGGGUGACCCAUUAACCAUUGACCCACUAGCUCGACCGGGUCCGGAUCAACCCACGGGUUGACUAAGAUACACUCAUACAAGAAUGAUAUGAUAUGCUUCAAAAUUACAUUUUAGCACCUAAUUUAAAAAAAAAAAGAUCAUAAUGUAGCACCAAAAUUGUACAAAAUUUUCAGAACGAUCCAAAUUUUAGAUGCCACUGGAAUCCGUGAAUUCAAUUAUCAAUAAAUACGAUCCAUUUGUCACCUUUACCUUAAUCAUAAUAUUCAGAAUCCUAAAGUACUUCUAAACAACAUAAAAACAUAAAAACACCCUACGAAUUGUUUCUAUUUCCAUCAUCCAUUAAUAUAUAAUAGAGUUUUGUAAACUUUUCUCCAUUUCAAAUUUCCUCCAAUGAGAGUGAAAGUAGGAAGGAUAUUUUUGUCUUUACAAUUAAUUAUUUAUUUCAUAAAAAAUAUCAAUAUCAAGACUCAAACCUGGGUCUCUUCAAACAAAGAUAGCAAUCAUAACCAAUUAUACUAAGUGUAUUUGUUGUUCCUUUUUUAAUACAAAACAUACAUGUAUUGAAACUGUGAAAAGCAGAGAACUUUUUCAUCAUGAUUAACAAGGGCACUAAGUCUACCAUAUGUAUUUUCAUGGUGCUUAAUACUUCAAUUUUCAUAGUAGAGUUUCAUUUAAUUUUAUCAAUUUUUAGAAUUCAUGCUCUCUUUAAUGUUUCUCUAAAGGUAUAUUGGUAAUUGGCUAACAUGGAAGAAACUAUUUCCUUUAUUACGUGUUGUGUCCUUGCAUUUUUCAAUAUAAAUUUAAAUUUUGUGCCUUUUUAUCUUUGUUCUUAUCUCUUUCUAAUUUUCUUCGAAAUUCCCUCCAUCGUGCAAUAGUUUGCGUGCUUUCACUUCCCAGUAUAAGGAGCAUUUGAAAAUCAACAUUCGGGUAUCUCUUGGCACUGUAGUUUUAUUCUUGGGAAUUUAGGCUGGGCAAGUAGAAGAUUUCAACUCUCAUAUCAAUCCAUGGCGAAUAGAAUGGAGUUCAAUCAAGUAGUUAUGGCCUGGCCUUGAUUAUCUCGCUCGAUUCCUCUGCAUUGGCAUCACCCAAUGGUUCUGUCUCUCCUCGAUGUACUACCAGAAGAACUAUUUUGUUGCUUCUAUUGCUGAAGGCAAUGUUUGAUCAGUUAUACCUUUCGCCUUUACUCAUCUUCCUAUACCAGGCAUUGACCUUUAAUAGGUUUUCGGUUUCCGGCCAAGGUUAAUCGCUUUGCACAUGUAAGUCAUUCAUUUCUUCUCUAUGUCUCAUGGUUUUAUCUUUCUGAUUAAUAACAAAACGACUUUUAUUUCACGUUGUCUCAUGAGCACAACAUGCAGAAUAUCUAUUUCUUUUGAUCUUAUUGCCUGAUACGACGUUUAAAGCUCGGGGGAUCUCCUGCGUCAUUUCUCCUCUUUCUGUUAUUAGGUUUCAACUUCAAUGAGUUUCUAUCUUCAUAUAAGGUUCAUCGACUUGAACUGGUAGGCUAUUAUUUCCUUCCCGAUUUAUCUAAGUUGGUUGUUUAUGAAUGAUUUUUAUAAAAUAUAGAAAAUGAAUUUGAACGAUGGUUUGGGUACUAUAUUUGUUUGUAAGCAAAAGAGAUGUUUGUGUAGAACAUGGCAGUUGUACUUUCCUAGAGCCCUGUCUACUUUUUUGUUGUUUGUUUCUGAUACUUUAUUUUUGUUCUUUGCUUAGCUAUUGAAAUAAUAAAAUAAGAUCAAAAUUAAGAAAAAAGGUUUCUUUUCAAUUACAAUAUUUUCACUCAUAUUUGAUUUUGUGAUAACUAAUGUUCUCCGCAACCAUAAUUUUCCUCAUUAAUUUUUAUUCUUAUGGUCCAACUCACUAAUCAAAUUUUGAUAUUGUUUUAGAAUUAGUUAGAAAUUGAGCUUUCGUGCAACAUUCUAGGAGUUUGGGGUGUUGAACUUGGAGUAGAAGAGUUAGGAUUGAGUUUGAGAAUGAGAGUGGUGGGGGGAAGAAAAAUUCAACUGUAGCAAGUUAAGGCAGAGAAGAGGGAGUUACUGAGGGUCGUGAUCGAAUUGAGGAGGGUGUUGAAAGACGCGGAAGCAAAACUGGAGCAGUUGAAGAGAGAGAAGUGAGAGAUGAUGAGGAUAUUAAUGAAAAUGGAGAGGAUAUUGAAGGACAUGGAAGUGUGCUGAAGCAGGUGAAGGCAUGCAAGGGGGGAGAUGAGCAUAUUUAUGGAAUUGGAGAUGAGUUUUGGUUUUAGCAAACUUAUUAGAACUGCCCCUGAGGAAGAUGAGUUGGCAAAACACAGGAAGGGGAUUGAGGAGUUGAAGAGCGAGUUGACAAGAACCCCAAUUGGAAGAGAAAUUGAGGGCCGCAGAGAGAAGGUCCAUCAAAGUAGCAGAAAUGGAGUUGCAGAAGGAGGAUUAGAAAGUGAAUGUUUGGUUGAAACAUAUGCUUCUUGAGAUUGAAGAUAGAGUAGAUAAAAAUUUGGUCUUUCAAUGGAGAGUGGUGGCUAUUGGAUCAUUAGGUUUAUGGUUUUUGCAACUACCACAACCUAUUUCUAUCUUAAAACGAGUAAUUAUUGAUUGAUUUAAUGAAGUAGGUCGAUUCUU